AUGAUUAAAAGAGCCCUCAAAAGUGGAAAACUAAAGCCCGGCGGACCUAUCGUUGAGAUGACGAGUGGUAAUCAGGGCUGUGGUCUGGCAGUCGUGUCCGCCGUAUUGGGACAUCCGUUGACUUUGACGAUGUCUGCGGGCAAUAGUCCUCAAAGGGCUUCAAUGAUGAGAGCACUCGGAGCUAAUGUAGUACUGGCCCCACAAGUGGAGGGAAAGCCGGGAAACGUGACUCUAGCCGAUGCAUUGGAAGCUGAAAGUCUGGCAUUAAAGCUGGUGGAAGAUACCGGUGCCUAUUAUGUCAACCAAUUCAAUAACGACGACAACUCUAAGGCUCACGAGGAGACCACUGGACCCGAGAUAUGGCGCCAAACGGGCGGCAGAAUUGACGCCUUUCUGGCGACUGUGGGAACGGCCGGUACUUUCGCCGGUGUCUCGCGUUAUCUCAAGAAACAAAACAAAGACAUCGUUUGCGUUGUUGUGGAACCGGCCGGCGCUGAGGCUAUCAAAGGAGAACCGGUAACCAAACCCUUACACAUAUUGCAGGGAUCGGGAUAUGGUAUGGUUCCCCAACUUUUUAAAUUUGACACAAUGGACAGCACGAUAGGUGUGAGCGAUGAGGAGGCCGUCCACUACAAGGAGUUGUUGGGAUCUAAAGAGGGUCUCUAUUUGGGCUAUACGUCCGGUGCUAAUGUGGCCGCAGCUACCAAACUGCUACAGUCGGGAAAACUACCUAAUGAUGCCUGGGUGGUUACAGUGCUAGUUGAUACUGUUAAAUAG